AUGUCAUCGAGAAAAAAAUCUUUAAUUAAGAAAAUUGUUAAGAAAAAUAUAGAUGGACGUUUUUCUAGUGAGGUUUUAUCAAAUACUCUUUUAGAUCAAGAGCUUGCUCGAGUAAAUCUAAAAGUUAGUUAA